UGUCACUGCAUGGCGCCUGUGUUUGAGUGUUUUGAAGCUGACAACGACCUAAAGAAAGAUCAUUUUUAAGGCUUUGGCAAGCGGCCGUAAGCAGACAUGGGCCGCCACUCAUCAGACAGCGAGGGCGACAGCCGUAGCCGACGCAAGAAGAAGCACAGACGGCGCUCCUCAUCUUCGUCUUCCUCCUCUAGCUCAUCGGGGAGCCGAGUGACCAGCCGCAGCAAACACUCAAGCAGACGAACCCGCUCACACUCCAGAGACAGAGAACGAGACAGGAGACGCAGACAUCGCUCCAGCAGCAGCUCCUCGAGAGGCUCCAGCCGCAGGAAGAAAAGCCGCAGCACCGAAAGGAGGCGGAGCCGAAGCGCAGAUCGAGGGAGGGGCCACAGAUCCCGUCGCUCUUGCUCUCGCACCCGCAAAAGGUCUCGUUCCCGUCACCGCAGAUCCCGCAGCCGGAGCAGUGGCAGAUCCAGCAGGAGACGCAGCCGAAGCAGAGACCGCGAUCGCAGCCAGCGCAAGGCUCGAGACAAAGACAGGGACAGGGAGAAAGACAGAGGACGCGACCGGGGCCGUGACAAAGAUAAAGAGGUCACCAAAGCCAAAGAAAAACAAGGGGACGCGGCGAACAUCAAAGCCGGAUUAGAACAUCUGACACCAGCUGAACAGGCAAAGGCUCGACUCCAUCUAGUGCUCCAGGCUGCAGCUAAAACAGACGAGGCACUGAAAGCAAAGGAAAAGAAAGAGGAGGAAGCGAAGAAGAUCAAAGAGGAAGAGGAGAUCUCUCUCGCCGAGCAGGUGAGGAGGAUAAAGGAAAUCGAGGCCAUCGAGAGCGACUCUUUUGUUCCUCAGGCUUUCAAAUCAUCCCGGGACGCCACCAAGGUAACUGAAUCUGUGGAAGCCCAGGAGGCGGGGUCUGGUGCCACACCCACUGUAAAAGAAGACGUCAUCUCUCUGCCCACUGUCAUCAAGUACAGUAACAGCGACACGCUCGCUCACCCCAGUUUAUUCAUAGACAGAGAAGAGGCGGAGAAGUUGUGGCUGAAUCGACUCUUGUCACUGCGCCAGGAGAGGCUCAUGGGAAGUCCUGUGGCCUGAACUCAGUUCUGCAUAAAGAUUUGAAGAUCAACUUCUCAAAUAUAUAUUUUUUCUUUUUAAUAACAUUACAGUUUAUUAAAAGAGGCAGCUUGAUUGAUUUCCUUUAGAAAGCUGAUAAACAUGAUAAGUGAUUUGUUAUGUCAUCAGGGAUUUUGUUAGAUGCAUAUAUUUAGCCUGUGUUAAUACUAUUAACGAUUUUUUCAUCGAGUUAAAUCCUCAGAGUUCAGCAUUAGCACGGUUAGCCGUUUAAGGAAUACUUGAGGAAUAUUUGUUUUCUGUAAAGAGUCUGAGAAAUAUGGAGUAAAAUCACAUUAUCAUACAACAAACAUCAAACUCCAUUUGCCAUUUUCAUGCAAUGCCAGAAGUAUGAUGCAUUUUACUUUUCCCACGAAGUUGAAAUGGCUAAACAAAGUUUAGAAGUAAUGUUGUUACUUUGCUGAAACACAAUAUGUUGUCAUCUCAUAAACUCUCUCAACCAACCGAAAAGGCUGAUUAAAUGUUAGUUUAAAAAAAAAGAGGAAGAAUAUUUAUGAACCUGUCCAAAUUACUUUUUUUAAAUUGCCGAGCACAAAGUGAACAUGUUUUUCUAAAUGGUAUGAGAAACUUUUUGCAUUUCACCACAUAAUGUCACUGCAAACCACAUUGUUAUUUAUUCUGAGGGUCUAAAGAAAAAAAAAUACACCCACUUAGUAGAUAAAAUUCAGUUUUUCUUCUUUUUCUAAAAUUGUACUGUGUUUCUAGUAUUGUAUUGUGUUUUACAUCAUAUGGUAGAUUGUUGUUCUUAUUGAUGAUUUUAGAAAUAAAAUGCCACAAAUUCUUG